AUGGGUCAGGAGGAGUGGCUUGAAUUGGAAAGUGACCCUGGCCUGUUCACCCUCCUUGUAGAAGAUCUGGGGGUGACAGGCGUCCAAGUUGAUGAAAUCUAUGAGCUUUCAAAGGUUCCGACUGAUCCUCACAACUCCCGACGAAGCUCGCGCGGAGGUGGAGCUUCGCUUAAUGCAUCACAAACCUCCUCUACUGGUGCUGAUGUGGGUCUUGCAGCUACCAAUCCCACACUUGGUGAAAUCUCUACAUCUGUUACCGCCCUCCACCAAGGUUUUAAUAACGGCGGUCGACUCACUUCAACUGCUUCAGAGCGCCGAAAAUUAAAAUCUGAAGUAGAUCCAGGCGAUUCAGAAGAGGUCUUUUUUGCGCAUCAAGUGGUUCCAAACUCUUGCGCUACACACUCUCUCCUCUCCAUUCUCAUGAACACCUCUCAUCAGAGUGUGGACCUUGGUCCCCUCCUACGCGAAUUCCGUCGCGCCACUCAACCCCUUCCACCAAGUCUCCGAGGUCUCGCCAUUGGCUUCAUGCCACCUCUUAUGGAGGCGCACAAUCGACAUGCACGUCAACAGACCUCUCAUUCACCACCCUGCCUCCCACCAGCAUGCGAUGAGGCCAUCUCUGCUCGGGUUGUUCGCUGCGCCAUUGAGGCGGCGCAAAGAGCUGCCCUAACAGAUGGUGAAAACAGUGGUGGCGGUGGUGGUGAGGCUGUUAUUGGAGAGGAUGUCGUGGGGAUGGGUUGUGGUGUGGGUGGGGGGGUCGGAGUGGGGGCUGGAGAUACCUUCCACUUUGUCUGCUUCCUACCUGUAGGGCGAUUCCUCUACGAGUUAGACGGCUUGAAACAGGAGCCAAUUAAUCAUGGCCCCCUGGAGGAUCCCGUCACACAUGUAGGCUGGACUCGGCAGUGUUUGGACCUGUUAAAGCAGCGGAUGCGUGAUCAGGUGAUUGCUGACACUGGUGAACAAACUUCUUUCGGUAGUCCAAAACAGUUCUGCAUUGCAAGUUGUGAAGAGUUCAGGCAUCCCCGGCACCUCUUCAAUCCUCGAAGUAACUUGCAAGAAGUACGCUACAAUCUAAUGGCGGUGGUGCCGGAUCGUCGUUUAGCUCUGACUUCGCGAUUAGACAACUUGGAGAAGAACCGCUCAAUUCUUGAGAAGACCAUUAGGCAGUUGACAAACAGCAACGCUACUGCUGUAGCCAUCAAGUUGGAGCACAAUGGCUCUCUGGAACCACAUGGGGUCGAAGUUAACGGUGCCGUCAGAACUAUGGAGGAGGAGUCGGUGGAAACAGAACCAGAUUCGGAGGUGGAGCUGAAAACAAUGGAGGUAGAAGUGGAUGCGGAGGAUGUAGGAGAGUGGUCUCUUGACGCAAUGGAGGGCGAAUUGGAAGCGGAUGGGCGACCAGUCACUCGGGCGGCCAGUCGGGCUGCAGCAGCAGCAGCAGCGGCAGCUGCCGCAGGACAAUCGAAGCCUUUGAAACGUCCCACCUCCAUCCCUUCUAAUACCAAUGCUGCCUCACGCAGGCCGAAUCUUCGUGAAGUUGGCAGCUCAGUUUCCUCUCCUACGUCAAUUUGUAUUGAUCUCACUGAGGGAGACAUCUGCGCCACAAAUAAUAACGCUCUCUCGGAUGAGGUGCCAGAAGGGGUUAUUACACGCCGUAGGAGCAUUGCCAAAGAGUCUUCCAGUCCAGUUUCCAAAUAUCCUACUCGUUCGUCCACAAAACGGGACACUCUUGCCUCACAUUCACUUGCGAAUACGCGUUCUACAGGGAUGGUUCUAAAUAGAGAUGAUUCCUCAGUAUCGACGACAACAACAACGGCGUUUUUGACUACAGAGAAUCUCAGUCAGCUUUUAGAGGGUAUAGAAGCACAAGCGCGCGCCUGUUCUGCAGCUCUAGCAGAAGAAGAGUCAAAACGGCAGGCAUAUCGAGUAGACGCAGCUCGACGAAUCCACAACUACGAGCCCUUCAUUCGAGCCUUUUUAAAAGAGUUAAAAGAGCAGGGUAUGUUGCAGCGUCUCGUUGGAGAGGCGAAUGCUUCUGUUGGUAGCGGCGGACGACAGUUGCGGAAGCGAAGAACGACCUCUAUGACCCCCCAGAAGGCUGUUUGGUCGUCGUCUUCGGCAGUGUCAACCUCUUCUUCCACUAGUGGUGAUGCAUCUGGAGUGGGAACAGCAGGUGGAGCACUUUCGCGGCUGGCUGUGAAGAGGGCACGGCUGACAGCAGUGGCAAAUCGACCUUCCACGAGGAUGUCAGCUGCGAACGCAACCUCGGCUUCUGUGGGGGCAGGAGUAACUUCGGGAAGAGCUGGAGGUAGGAGAAGAGCCUCUAGGAGAACGCUGUGA